AUGGCCGGAAAUUCCGACAAAACGGCGGCUCCGGCUGCUGCGAACGAUGGCUAUUCGUGCAUUAAAUGCGGCCGUGACGUGUCCGAUUCGGACACGUUUUGCAUUUACUGUGGCACCAAAGUGAGUCUCUCACAUUCGCAGCGCAAAGCUGCAGCUGGUCCACCUCCGGUCACAGCUCCUCUUCCUAAGCAAGCACCCCCUGCACCCCCUGCUCCGCCUGCAGUGGCCAAGCAGGCGCCCCCGCCUCCGGCUGCCAAGAAGCCCGACCCGAUGCCAGCAGCGGUACCUACGUCUCCCAAAUCGUCUGCAAACCUCAAACGGGCAGCUUCUGGACCGGCUGUCAAGGAGACCGAGCCGAGGCAGUCGGAGCCCAAGCAGGUUGCGGCUCCCAAGUCUGCUGGCCGCCCUCCUACGAGUGGUCAGUCAACGGCCCCGUCCAGUGGCAACUCGGCCGUCUCCCGAUCGACUCCGGUGCCCGCUCCUGCUCCUGCUCCCGCUCCCACUUCCGCUCCGGCGCCAACGUCGGCGUCAACUGCCGUUCCACAGCGUCGCCCACAGCCAGCUGCUCAGCCGUCGCCAUUUGCCGGGCGCUCGCAAAGCGAUGGACGCAUGAAUGAGAAUAGCGGCCGUGGCUCGCUGGAUGGUAUGCCGUCCGACGUUGCCGGUCUAGAGAAGCUCUGGGUGCCUGAUAACUUUAGCAAUGAAUGCAUGGAUUGUAAGACUCCCUUCGGCUUCCCCAAGCCACGUCGCCAUCAUUGCCGUGUGUGUGGUCUACUGUUCUGCCGACCUUGUGUGAACCACAAGAUUCAAGUGCCAGCCUCAUUCGGCUACGGUAAUGCGCAACAGCGAUGCUGCCGUAACUGUAUCACUGCCCUGCAGAUGAAGGCCAUUACGACACCUGCUGACGUGUUCGCGCAACGUCGAGGCCCCGUUAACCGCUCCGUGUCUGGUCAAGAGAGCUACGAUGUUCUCGGUGUGUCUAAGGACGCUUCCCCCGAAGAGAUUGCUGCUCAGUACAAGAAAAAGUCGCGCUCAAUGGACCCUACAAAAAUUGAGGACCAAGCGACUCUUGAAAAGAUCAACGACGCGUAUCGCAAUCUCCAAGACCCCAAUGCCCGUGGUCGUGACGAGUCGGGUCGCUCUCGUGACUCGAGUCUGCUGGGCAGUGAUCCGACCAGUCACUUUGUCUCGGACACUGCACGUAGCGACCAGACAGAGUGUCAGGUCUGCUUCCGCCCCUUUAAACUCGGUCGUCGUCAGCACCAUUGCCGUCGCUGUACGCGCAGUGUAUGUAACCAGUGUAGUGUUGAGUCAAAGCCUAUUCCGGAGCUGGGUUUUCCCGUGCCGGUGCGUCACUGUACAUCGUGUAACGAAAGUCCGCCAAAUUUCAUCAAGCCAGUCAUGGACCCUGUUUCCAAGCCGCCUGCUGGCUUUGAGUACCUGACCAAGCUCGAUAUUCUUGUUAAUAUUACUGCCAAGACGAACGGCAGCACCCCCGACACCGAGACGUACAUGUUGAAGAUAUACUGCGAGCCAAAUGAGGCUGCUGCCAAUGCUGCUAACUACACGGUAACUGAGUCGGACCGUGCCGUCACGCAUGAGUACCAGAUUUUGGAGGAGCGCAGCAUGGCUGAUUUUGAGUGGCUAUUCGUAAAGCUUGGAGACUUUUCAAAUCCAAAAGCCUUGCCGAACUUUCCAGACAAGCGAACAGCGCGUAAUGACCGCGAGAAGAUGCUGCAGACUUUCUUGUAUGGUUGCAUGCUCCACCCGCUUUUGCGUGAUGCGGACUGCCUGAAGGCUUUCUUGGCGCUACCAACGGAGCAGCUGCGUCAGUUCCAGAAGAGCGGCAAGAAGUCGUUGUACAACACGGACGAAUACAAUACGCUGAUCAAGUCUCUACGCCUGGAGCUGGAAAAGGCUCAGAUUCGUACCAAGGUGAACGCCUUGAUCGACCGUCAGAAGAAGCAGAAGCAGCGUUUGUCCCAGCAGGCUGCCCGUGCGGAGGAGCAAAAAAAGCGUGAAGCCGCUCAGAAUAUCCGUCGUGAGCAGGCUGCCUUCCGUUUCAAGGCUCUUGAGGCUCGUAAGGAAUCUCAGACUGAGCGUAUGGAGCGCGAAAAAGAGCGCUAUGAGAAGCAGUCAAGCACCACGCACAUUCUAUUCUUCGAUGUCGUGCGCGAUCAGUCUGUGCGUAAUAGCGAGGAGGAGACUCGCAUUAAGGAGAAGGUUGAAUUUACAAAAUCGAAGGACAGUUUUCAGCAGGACACAACGCAAUGGAACAGCGAUAUGGCUCAAUGGUCAAAGCACCGUGCUGACUGGUCAGAGGCUCACAACCCCGCCGUAUCAAAGGAUAUUGCAAACGAUUUCAUUGUGCACUCGUACGGUAUAUUCCACUCUCUCAAAGAUCAGCAGGACAAGAUACCGCGCGAGCUUGUUGGCUUGCAUGCAGAUUUUGUGAAGAUUCAGGAAAAGGAACCUGAGCUAUUGGAGGAGGAAGGAAACACCGUUGAUGAAGAGUGGAUGAAGCUUGCCAAGGAGCGUGAGCACUGGACCAGCAGUCGUGCGAACAUGAAGCGCGAGGAUGAAAUGUGUCGCGACGAGGAUGCUCGUUACAAGCAGGAGCAUGAGUAUGUCCGUCUGGAGGCCGAGGCUCGCCAGAAAAAGGUCAAUACUAUUGAGGCUGACCUGCUGGCACUCAAGACGGAAAUUAAUGCCCGUACACGCUCAAUCGCUCAGCGCCGCUCGCGCCACGAGGCUCUUGACGAAGAGUACGAGCACGAGUGGCGUGUUGUGCAAACGCAACGCAUCGACACCACCAAGUCGCGUCUGGAUGAACACACGGCCCGUAUUACGCGUGGCACGAAGCGUACGGAUGUCUUCACGGACCAGCUCGCCCGCCAGACCAAGUCACAGCGCAUGCUGCUGUUCAAGCGUGCUGCCCUUACGGAAGAGCGCAAGGCAGAUUGCAAGCUGUUUGAUGAACAUCGUGAGGAUUGUAAGAAUACUCUGGAUGAAGCUCGCAACGCUCUGGUCAUCACGCCCGAGUAUGUUGCUCGUCUAGAGGCGGACAUGAAGGUUCGUGCAAGCGAGUUGCACGCUGUGAAGGACAGCAAUAAGCGUAUCCCGCAAGAGGGUGCUGAUAACGAGGUGGACGAGCGUGAUGAGUUCAUGAACGAUGUCCGCCGUCGCCGUGCCCAGUUCCAGAAGGAGCUUGACGACCAGGCUGCUCAGCUUGAGACCGAGAACAAGUUGUGCACGUCUUUGUUGGCACGUAUGAACCAGCACAUUAAGAGUCUUGAGGAGGAGGUAAAGAACGCUGCGUUGGAGGAGGAAAUGAUCGCACAGUUCAACAAGCUGAUUGCGACAGAAACGAAACUUUUGGCGGACGAGGAAUCGAAGCGUGAGGAAAAGAAGCGCCUUAUUACCGAGCUGAUGAACAACGCUGGCAACUGGGUGCUGGACUCCUUGCAUGAACAUUCGAACCGCAAGAAGGUUGAGGCGAACCGCCUUGUGAAGCAAGCUGUUCGUGCUGCCGACCUACAGAAGCUGGUGCAGCACUUUACUCACCGUGUGAUCGAUCAGGAGGAACGUAUCAUGCGUCAGAAGCAGCGCAUUCUGAACGGUGAGCACAAGGUAGAGAUGCUGAAGUCCUCCGACAACUGGUACCAAUAUGUAACCGGCCAUGCCGCCGACCUUGGUAAGAAGGAUAUGAAGAUCCUUGAAGCCGGUCGCAACGAGCGCAGUGAAGAUUUGAAGGAGUCUUCACGUCUGCAGAAGGACGAUGAAUCUGACAUCAAGAGCGUGGUGAAGGAGCUGUCUGCAAGCCGCAAUUGCGCUAAAGAGAAGGUGGAGAAGCGCGAGAUCUGGGCCCAGGUUGAGGACGUGUACAGCGUCUCGAAGCCGCAGGAGAAGGACGAGGACAUGAUGAUGACCUCACAAAUUCGUAGUCUGCUCCAGCAGUUGGCUGAAGCUUUCGAGAUGCUGACGAACCGUCUCCUGGAGGAGGAGGAGAGCUUGCAGCACGCUUCGACGCAGCUCGAGGGUGAGAUUGACUCGAUCAACGCUUUUAUGGAGCGGAUGGAGAGCGAGGAGAGCGCACUGUGCACGACUGAGAAGACUUCGCUUGCUAAGGAGUCGCAGGUACGCCGUUCGGAGGCUGACCUGAUUGAGCAGCGUGCGCGUACUUUGAUUGAAAGUUACAAGCAGAUGCAGGCCGAGCACUUAAAAUACCCCGUUGAGCUGGGUAAGAUCAGGAGCCGUCGGUCUGAGCGUGAAAAGCCGAUUUUACCACGUGAGGCAGAACUUGAGGCCGCUAAGAAGCUCAUCAAGAACCGCAACUACUACGAUCGCAAGGCGUGUGCUGAGUUUGUAAAGCGGUUCAAGGUUGACCGAGAAAUGAAAGAGGUACGUGACGUAUUUGACUGGCUAAAAUUUGUCACCGAGCGUGACAUCAAGCGCAUGGAGAAGUGGCUUGACUUGAGUCGCAAAGAGCGUAAGGAAAUUGAGAAUCUGAAGGUGAAGGCCAAGGAAAUCAACUGGGAUGAAGACACGCUGGAGCGUAUUCCUGCUCUGAAAGAGAUUCAGAAGAAGUUGGCUCGGCAAAAUGGUGUCCCUUCUAGCCACAGGGGUGGCAAUAAUGAUGGCAAGUUGGCUGAUGCUGUGCACCCGUCGGAGCAAUGGAUCGUGGAGCUUUUGAAGCUUAAAAAGAACAUUUCGGAGAUUGACGUGAAGCUACUAAAGGAUAUCAGCGUGACUGUUGACGCGGCCGUGAGCGAGGAAGAUGUGGUAAAUGCGAACUUGAAGAAGAUGAAGACGGAUAAGGAGUACGUGCUUAACAGCAUCCGCUUCAUUGACCAAGAAGAGGCUAAGGCAAUCCGCAGUACAGGUAAGGGCGGCGUGCCCGGUCGUCACAGCCCUGGUUCGGAGAGUGGCAGCUACGUGAAUAGCGAGGAUCAGCCGACUCCAAAGGCCCGAACGCCUUCGCCAAAGCCGGCACGUACUACGUCACCGGCCCAGUCAAAGCAGACUGUAUCGCCGCCGAAGUUUUCACCAAGCAAGUCGAUUACGACGACGCCUUCUCCACCAUCAACAUUUAAGCCGCGUCCUAUACAGGCAAAGCCUCGGUCAGAGGAGUUCUAG